GGCGCAGGCAGCCCCGGCUACCGCCUUUGCCUUGCUCUCGCUCGCCUCCUGCCUGGGCUCCCGCCUCCUCCCCGCCUGCGGCCUCUCCGCACCGACAUGCCCCAGCCGCAGCAGCUGCAGCUCUAGCCCGCCUGCGGCCCCCCCCCGGCUCUCCGCGUCCUCCCGGAGGAGGCGAAGGCGCUCGGCUCGGGGGCUGCCAUCGCGCCUCCCUGUCCCCGAUGGGCAGCCUGCUGAGCGGGGUCAGCGUCAAGGAGCCCGCCACGGUGGAGGACUGCGACUCCACCUGGGAGACGGACUCCGAGCCCGAGCUGCAGGACCCAGGCGGGGACCAGCAGCAGCAGGAGGCGCUCGGCGGGGAUGAUCCAGCCCCGGAGCCGCCGGCCCGGCUCCCUGCCGCAAGCGCCCGGCCCGAGGAGACCCAGCAGGAAGGGGAAGAGGUGGAAGGGGGCCGAGAAGCAGCAGCAGCAGCCCCCGGCCCUGAGCAGAGUGAUGAUGCAACUGAGCUGACAGCGAAACCAAAGAGGAGCUUUUAUGCUGCAAGAGACUUGUACAAGUAUCGACACCAAUAUCCACAGAACUUUAAAGAUCUCCGGUAUCAAAAUGACUUGUGCAAUCUCCGAUUUUAUAAGAAUAAAAUUCCCUUUAAACCUGAUGGAGUUUACAUUGAAGAAGUCCUGAAUAAAUGGAAGGGAGACUAUGAAAAAUUGGAACAUAAUCACACUUAUAUACAGUGGCUUUUUCCACUUAGAGAACAAGGUUUGAAUUUCUAUGCUAAAGAAUUAACUGCAUAUGAAAUAGAGGAAUUCAAGAAAACAAAAGAAGCAAUUAGAAGAUUCCUGUUGGCUUAUAAAAUGAUGUUGGAGUUUUUUGGAAUAAAACUAAUUGAUAAAACAGGAAAUGUAGCUCGAGCUGCUAACUGGCAAGAAAGAUUUCAACAUUUGAAUGAGUCCCAACACAACUACUUAAGAAUCACUCGCAUUCUGAAAAGUCUUGGUGAGCUUGGAUAUGAGAGUUUCAAAUCUCCGCUUGUAAAAUUUAUUCUCCAUGAAGCUCUUGUGGAAGACACAAUUCCCAACAUUAAGCAAAGUGCUUUGGAAUAUUUUGUAUAUACCAUUAGAGACCGAAGAGAAAGGAGACAGCUCCUGCGAUUUGCUCAACAACAUUACACACCUUCAGAGCAUUUCAUCUGGGGACCACCAAGAAAACAGAAGUUGGAGGGAAACAAAACAGGUAAAAAGCCAACAUCCCCAGUUUCUUCUCACAGUAGUUACAUUUCUAAACAUAAGAAAUGGAGAGAUUCCAAGAAUACAUCCAUAACUAGCAGCUCCACUAGCAAAACAGCUGAAGAAAAAAAGGUAGAACUCACAAAAAAUGGAGAAAAAAACAACCAGUGUGGAACAGAAACCAACUGUGAAGCUGCUAAGCAGAGCAACAGUGAAAAGAACAGUGAUACUGAAAGUCAAAAUUCCAAAUCAGAGGAAGCUCUCAGUUUGUCAGACAAAAAGGAGAACAUUUCUCAUUCCAAAAAUGAUAAGGGAAAAGAUGGGGAAAAUCUGAACCAAGAUUGUGGAAAUCCAACAGUUACAGAGACAGAGCCAUGUGACAGUGAGAACUGUUCAAAUAAUGUAUCAGCAGAUGUGCAAGACAGCCUAGGUCAGGAUAAACCUCCAGUGGAAUCCACCAUAAAGAACAAAGAUGAGAUAAAAUCAUGAGUCCAAAUUUAAAACUAGAUAUGUUUCAUACUGAAUGAAACAAAUAAUUCAUUGUUCUUUCAUUUUGGAUAUUCACAUCUAGUGUAAUGUAAGGAAGAUCAUGGGACCAGGCUGGAUAUGAAAGCAUCAGAUUAAGCUUUUCAGGGGUUGAUUUUUUUUUAUUUUAUUUUAUUUUAACUCAGUUUAAAGGGCACAAUCCAAAAUGGUUUAAAAAUAUGUGUAUACUAAUUGAAACAACUAUAUAGGAUUAAAUUCUGUACAUUCCCUUUAGAUUGCUGUCUAGGUAGAAAGGAAUGCAAUUAAUUUCUUAUCAGUUUGUUCAUCUGUUGUUUAAAAAAUUAGAAUAUUAGAAUUUUGGUGUUUUAAGAUUUACAGGAAAAGACUGCAAUAUCGAUUGCCUUUUUCAGUAUUCUGCAAAUUACUUUUAAGGGUGCAGGCAUGCCAGUGUUUGAGGUCAGUGGAAGUCCCGCAUGAUAUCCAAGGGCAAAAUUAGGUACAAAGGCUUUAAUCUCAAAUGAGCAACUUUGGCUGAGACUUUCUGAACUGGAUAUCAAAAUGUUUCAUUUUGUGAAUAUCAUUCUAAAUUAAGUAGAAGUAUAACUCAUGAUUAAACUGUACAAAAUCUUAAUAUGUAUAGUCCUGGUCACAGUUGCAGGGUGAGCUGUGCUUUAGAUCUCUUUCAAUCUCUCUCCAGUGUGUCCCUCUGGUGACAGGUUUUGCUUCUCCCAUCUAUUGUAUAAAACAGAAAAGAAAUCUUGUUCUGAAUUUUCAGUUGAUGGGCUCAGGAUUGUGGGGAUGUGAAUCCAAAAAGCUUAUAGUUGCAGAAAUAUGUUCUGUCAUUGUGACACUACUUGCACAUGCAAUAAUGACCAUCCAUCCAUAUUUAGACACUUAAAAUAAAAAUGGCCUGAUUUUUACAGAAGUGCUGAGAACCUGAGAAAUAUCUCUGAAAAAACAGUCAAAAAUUUAGGUGCUUAUAUACAUAUUUAACUGCCUAAUUAAAAGCACCUAAGAUUGAGCAUUUUGGUCAGGUCUCAUAAAGAUGAAAUGCAAUGAGAUAUUAAUUUCCCGCAAAGUGUCAUGCUACAGAAAAACUAAUGCCUAAUAGCAUUCCUGGUUUCCAUAAUUUUUGUUUUGUAACUUCACCAUUUAAACAAUUCCUACAUGGGCACUUCAACAUUUAACUAAUAAAUGCCAUUAUAUGUAAAAUAUUAUGGUAUGUCAUAAUUUUCCUGAAGGUAGGUGAUAAUAGUAAAUAUUACAGUUGUGGUGUACAUAAUACACCUUAAGCAGAGGAAAAUUCCUUGUUUCAAUUUUUGUAAAAAUUCCAGUUCUUUCAUGUUGUGACAGUAGACCACUAUUUAUAAGGAUGUUUUUGCCUCAAAGAAGCAUUUUAAUAUCUAGCUUUAGUCUAUGGAUAUGCUAUGGAAGAACAUCAAAAUUUGUCCCCAUAUUUCGGAAGUGGUUAAAGAAUAAUUCAGCUCAAGCCCCAGUCCUGCAAUGUGGAGCCUCCUUGAAGUCAGUGGGGAUUGAAGUGGAUACAGGGGUCCACCUGCAUGCAUCUGCAUUUCAUUGAAAGAUCGGGGCCUUAGGGCUUGCCUAUUUAGAGACUUAAUUCUGCAGUGCAGACGUAUCUUACGUUGACCUAAGUUAUGUUGAUGUACAGCCACCUCAGUAAUUAAAUCGCUUUUGCAUGUCCACACUAUGCUCCUUGUGUCGGCAGCGUGCAUCCUCGCCAAGAGAACUUGCACUCAUUUAACUGUCAGUGUGGGGCAUCGUGGGACAGCUUCUGAAAGGCAACAACUGUCGAUGUAAGCAACUCUACACUACACUGACGCUGCAUCGACAUAACUACAUCAACCUAAGCACUACCCCUCUUGCAAGUAGUGUGCCAAUUAUGUCUAUGGGAGUAACAUUUUAGUGUAGACACUUACAGUUAGGUCAAUGUACAGCUGUCUUGCAUCAGUCUAACUAUGUAACGUAGACCAGGGUGUAAAUCUGCUGUGUGUUAAGUUGCCAUGUGGAUCUUGCUGCCAUUCACUAAAAGUUCCAUAGUGGACUUUACUUCUGCUGUUUCAAAUAUGUGCUUUCCAUUCACACUACGGCUUGCCAUGUAUUAAGUCUCUGUGUGCAUAAGCCCGUAGUCUGUAAAAGCACCUGCCAGAACUUGCAUACAUGAUUUUUAACACUUGGAUUUGGUUGGUUUGCAGGAUUAAAGGGCAAUUCAUGUUGAAAUUAUUGAAAAUGAUUGUGUAUUCAUAAAUGUAAGUAGUUAGUUAUUCACCAGUUAUUUCAAAAUCCAAACCAACCAUAAAUUUUAUCAAAAAAAAUGGAGUCCUUGUGGCACCUUAGAGACUAACAAAUUCAUUUGGGCACAAGGACUCCUCGGGUUUUUUUGCUGAUACAGACUAACACGGCUACCACUGAAACCUGUCACCAUAAAAUUUACAGGUUAUUGAACUUGUUUAGUCUUAAAUGUUUGGGACUUUUUUGUGUGCUUAGUACAGUAACUUGCUUCUGCCCAGUAUUAAGGGGAGUUUGAUCAGCUCAUGUGUAGAUUAAAGCAUCUUUCUCAUUUAGGGGUUUAUUUUCUAUUAAAUAGAUAUGUUUAACUCUUAAUAAUGUAACUAGGAAUUAUAUGUAUACAUAGGUGGGAAUUUGAUUUAUACCACAGUAUUUUAUUCUAAUAUCAUAUGAAGGGGCAUACCAGUAUGUAACGUGACUAACUUUCUACUGGGUACACAUGCGCAAGUAUAGUAGUUUAUUUUACAAGUUCUGCAGAUAUGCUUCUCUUUGUAUCUGAAAUUGGAGUUACAGCUCACCUCCCCACCACCCUGAGCCUAAUCCUGCCUCAAUAUGUGAAAACCCUUUGACACAGAAUAUAUGAAAUCUUCUACCCAGUAAACAACAAAUGCAGCAAUAAAUGUGCACAUGUCUAGGAGCAAAACAGUGUCGAUAUUUCUGGUAAUUAACAAACUUAUCCUCAAGGCUGCUGAGUACUCGCAACUCCCCACUGAAGCCGCUGAGGGUUAGGCUUGCUCAGUUCCUCUCAGGAUCAGACUCUUAAAGUUCCAAGGAUCCUAUGUACUAGGUGUUUGUAUGAUAUUAAUUUAUAUUUCAUGUUACCUAGAUAUAAUCCUGCUUGAAUCAUUAUUCUAGGGUAAUUCUGAUAAUGUACAGUUGCAUAUACCUGUACCGUAAACAGAAAGUUUACAUCUGCGAUAUAGUUUUGAUGGAUGAUCCACUAAGAUAAGUCAAAUGAGUUAUAAUAGAUUUAAAUGGAAAAUGAGUCUUGUUUCUUAUAAAAUAAAGUUUAUUUAUAUCUGCUUAACUAAAUUA